AUGACCAAGUUCAAAUAUAGAUCAGAUAUCUCCGAACCUCAGAGGAGGGCUUUGUGUCGGGAAGCAAAUGUGUUUUUCUUGAUUGAUGAAGAUGAGGGAAAAAAGUUUAAGUCAAAAGUCUUCAUGUUGUUAAAUAUUUCUUUCGACAUCAUUGAUAGCAUGUUAAAACAGAUACAACUGGAAGGAGAAGAGAGCUAUGUUUACUAUUUAAGAGAUAUUCUGCAAGAUCGAUGGAAAUAG